AUGACGGCCGCGCCGCUUCAGCGAGUCACGGUCCCGUCGUUUGAGUAUCGCACCUCGCCCGAGCCUCACUAUUUGUAUGCGGUUCAUGUAGAACUCCCGACUCAUGCAUGGACAGUGUACCGACGGUACUCUGACUUUGCCGCGCUCCAUGCCGCUUUUGCCCAGCGUCCGCCGCCCUAUGCCUUGCCUCCCAAGCACAACUUGCAGUACUCCUGGCGGAAAAUCAAAUCAUUAGGCGGGUACCUUUCUCCUUCUCAAGAGCAGCAGAACAGAGAGCUGGCAGAAGCCAAAGAGCGUCAAGCAGAGCUCGAGAGGUACGUCCGUGCGAUGGUGGCGGCGGCGAAUCCGUACUGGAGAGAAAGUGAGCCAUUCCAGACCUUUAUUGAGCUGGCAGAUCAUGCAUCUCCGCGCUCCUGGAGCAUGACACCAUCCACAGCAGCAAGACCGGCUCAGGACAAGCGCGCUCCGACCGCGGAGUCCCGACAUUCUUGGCUUGCCGGCGCAGGCCACCGUGCGAAAGCCCAAGAAACAGAUACCACAAGGCCCAUGAGCGAUACUGAACUCAUGCAGCAUCAAACACAUACCCUGAUGGCAGCCCAAGAUCAGCAAGCGGACCAGCUUGCGAAGAUUCUACGCCGACAACGUGAGAUUGGACUAUCGAUUCAUGACGAGCUACAAGAACAGCAAGAACUUAUACAGAGCCUGACGACCGAUGUACAAAAUACCAAGACGCGUAUGAACAAUGCGUCGGAGCGGAUGCAGCGUCUGGGACAUUAA